UUUUAGCGGUGUUGAACAGUUUGAGUUGUUGUACUGCUAAAUUAAAAUUAAAAAAGGUUGAUGUCAUGGAAUUGUAAAUUUAUAUUGAUGUGAUCCUAGCUGUAGCAGGCAUCAUAGUAGUAAAAUUGAAUUUGAAAGUUAGUCGCCGGAAAUUAUGGAUUACGAAACGGUGAAGAAGUUCGUGGAGAAAGAGGGCGGACCCUACGAAUUCACGGUGGAUUCGAUGCCGGAGAGGUUCAUAGAGCCAAUGGUGAUGCAGGGCAUGAAAAUCGAUCAAAUCGAACGCGGCCGAAUCGUGUGCUCCUUCACUGUUCCUCCUCGCCUUAACACUGGGAAUACCUUGCACGGCGGAGCCACGGCUGCGCUGGUUGACAUCGUCGGAUCGGCUGUUAUUUACACGGUGGGGGCUCAGACCACCGGCGUCUCCGUCGAAAUUAAUGUUUCCUAUUUGAAAGGCGCUACUGUUGGGGAGGAAGUUGAGAUUGAGAGCAAGGCAUUGCGUGUGGGAAAGGCGAUGGCUGUAGCAAGUGUCGAUUUGAAAAGUAAGAAGACCGGAAAACUUAUAGCUCAAGGGCGCCACACAAAGUAUCUGGUUCUCCCUAGUAAAAUAUGAAAGAUUGCAAUUGCACUGUUUCAUGUUGCUACUUGGCUCUGUUAUAAUUUGAUAUUGAUCCUGUCCUAUAGGCUGAUUAUUGUCAAUUACUAUUAUCUUUCAUUAUCUUUACAUUAAGCAUAUAUUAUGAAUAAAUUCUUGGUUGUUUA